CAUUAAAUACGGAUAUUAAACAUGUUACACGGGUUUUAUACGUGUUUAGUACGGGAGCAAUCCAAUGAACGAAAAAAAAUGAAACGACUUGACAAUAAUACGGAUACAGAAGUUUUAAACGGAUAAAGUACGUACGGGUACAUAUACGUGUAUUAAACGGAGUAUUUACUAACUAUGCUGUAUACAGUUGUAUCAAAUGGGAAAAAAAACUUGGGCUAUUAAUUACUCCCAAACAUAGCUUAAUAAAAUGUGAGAUCGUUAAUUUGAUUCUAUUAUUAGACCAUACAUUACGGAAGGUUAUAUAACACUGUUAUAUAACAAUUACUAAAAUAUACUUUGUAAACCUUAUAAACGUUGAACGGAUAGUUAUUUCUUAUGUAUCAGUCGAACAAACGUGUUACAUACGUCUUCCAUAAUAACUAAGACCCUACGCAAAGCUAAUGAAAGUGUUUACUUUAACAAAUUUGUGAAUACUUUUAUUCUUAAAUCUAAAGCCGUCGCGUCCUCGUACCCACAAUCCUCGGUCGUGCUGCCCCCGUAGAGCGAUGGCCAUAAGCCAUGGACUGUGAAAUAGUUAUGCGCUGGCAUGUAGCACGGAAUGUCUCCGACGUUGCAUCUCCCAACAGGCCACUGGAGAGCGAAUGUGUAGUAGUCAAAUGUCGUCGCGCACUGCCACAAACAAGUAGUAGUACAACACACAUAAAACUUUGGACGAUAUGUACGUAGUAGGUAGUAGUACAACACACAUAAUACUUAAAAUCAACUAAUUUGCGACCAAUCAAGUUUUCCUUUUGACUCCGCCGCAUUGAUCCAAUCAUAACUUUUUCGAAUGUGCUUUUAAAGACUUCCCAUUGUAAAAGAAUCCAAAACACACAGCAAAAUUAAGACAAGAAUAAAAGAUAGACGAGCACAUGCAUGAGCCACUGUCUCCCUUUCAAAUCUUUUUUUUUUUUUUUCCUUUAUGGAUUUCGCCCUUUCAAAUCUUGAAUCCAUUGUAAGUUAUUGAUUCUGAAUAUAACUUAUUAUAUGUUAGCUGUUGAAUUAAAUUUCAAUUAUUCUUUUUAUGUCUUUCAUCUGUAAACAAUAAUUGUAUAAAAUACUGAAAUGAGUAGUAUGGUGUAUGGUCUGUAAAAGCACAUUAUUAACCAUCGUUAAGAUUGUUUGCAAGAGUAUGCUACACAUACUAGCUAGUAUACAUCUUUAAUUAGGCUUAAUUAGUCCAAUAUAAUAUGUUAAUCGUCACUAAAACUGGACACGUUGUCACUUUUAUAUUGAUGGGUUGAUGCCACGUCUAGAUGUAGUAGUUGGGCUACGAUAUGACAGGUCUAGUGAACUAAACGUUUUAAGGGGAGAAAAUAUGAUGAUUAUAUAUAUGUUGGUGAUUGAAAUUUAUACCAACUUGUUCUAAAACAGGUAUACCACAUUAUAGCAGUGCAGACGUGAAGUGGUAUAUUGUCAGAAAUCCUACCCAAAAUAGAGAAUUUCUAUGUUGUGGAAUUCUUUUUCUAUAUCUUGAUAAGUAGCUCUUAAUUUAAUAAGUUCAAUCCAUGUUGUUCUAACAACUAUGUAUUUCUAUUAGGAGUGGUAAUAAAUAAGUUUAUCGUAUUGUGUAUCGGUUAGUAAACUUUAGCUUAUAAAACUCUUUCCAAAUCAUGUCGGUAAAUUGUUCGACCCAAAUUAACUUAUAGUAUGCUGUUGGGAAAAAAAAAUGUGUUCCUCAAUCCAAACUCAUUAAGGUAUUGUUUGCUAAUGGGAUUUGGAUGUUGUAUUUGGUUUCCAAAUACAAACCGUCAUGUUUUUUUCCAAAGUUAUUGUUUGUUAAGAUAGGCAAUAUGUGUGGCCCACGAAUUUGGUCAAUUUCUUUUUUAACUCCAAAUCCAUGGAUCCCACGUAUUUGUAAAUAUCACAUUUACCAUUUAUUUGAAUUUUAUAUUUCAACUCGAAUAAAUUAUAUAUGAAAAUACUCUAAAAUUUGGGCAACCAACCUAUAUUUUAGUUGAUCACAAUUUAGAGCAUCCACAUUGGUAUUGCAUUCUCAAUUGCAAAAUGACAUGUCAUAGGUGUUUGCAAUUGCAAAACCAAUUACAUUGAUGUGGCUAUCAAUUGCAUAUUUGCAAGCUUGCAACAAAUGCAAUUCCAUAUGCAAGUCAAAAAAGCCUAAAAAAUGGAAAUUUUGUAUUUUACAUUAUUUUCUUUUCUCUUUUACUUAAUUUUCUAUAAUUUAAACAUAAUAUUUAAUUACAUUUGCAAGUUAAUUGUAUUUAUGUAGGUGAAUGAAAUGAAUGUGAUGUCGAUGGCAAAAAAAUUUGAGUUGAUAAGAAUAAUAUACAAAUGCAAUUUUUUUUUAAUUGCAUUGAUGAAAAUGCGGGAUGAGUUAGCGUGGUUACUUAAUUUUUAGUAAUCACGGUGGCUACCUUAAUCUACACCAUUCAUUAUUUCUUUUUCACCCUAAUUUUAAAUUAACGAUGAAGAUUAUAUUAGGGUAAUUUUGGAAUUGAAAAAUAUAUCACACCUGAUUACUCUAUAAAUUAUAUUCAAACCCUACCCUACUGCAACCCGCCGCCAACUACCAAGCUUCCUCCCCCGUUACCUCUCGACGUCCCUCCUCCCUCACGAGAACCCCCUCCACCGCCGGCCGGCCUCCCCUCCACCGCCCUCCUCCCUUCCCCUCCUCUCUCGCAUAAUCUUCCAUCCCUAGCAUCCCCCCUCUCUCUCCCUCUCUCUCCCAGAAGCUGCAGCACCAUCAAUGGACGCUCGCGUACUAGAUCGUGACCUCCCCAACGACGACGAUUCCCCCGGUACUUUCGAAUCUUCCUCCGACGUUGCUGACGGCGGAGCUGGACAAGGCAAUUCAAUAUGGGAUGCUCGCCAAUUCAAUGGACAAUUUUCCCCCCAAUUCAAUGAAUGAUUCCCCCGCCAAUUUGCUCGACGAUUUCGCUGCCAAUUCAAUGGAUGCUCGCGUUCCAGAUCGGGACCACCCCGACGACAACGAUUCCCCCGCCACUUCGGAAUCUUCCUCUGAUGUUGCUGAUGGCUACGCUGGACGAGGCAAUUCAAUAUGCUGCAUCCCAGAAUCUUCUUUGGUAGUGUGUGCAUUACGCUUUGGUAGUUACCUGCAUUUGUGUUAGUUAGAUGGAGCAUUAUUUUUUGGUAGUUAUUUGCAUUUGGUUUGGUAGUGUUUGCAUUAUGCUUUGGUAGUUUCUUUGUAUUUGUUUUGGUAGUGUUUGUAUUGAUUUAUUUAUGCAAUGAUAUUGUUUUGAUUUCACAGUAGUAGUGGUAUUGGUUGUUUUGGUAUUUGUUUGACUUUUGUAAUGAUAUAGAUUGUUUAUAUUGGUCGUUUUCGUGUAAUGGUAUAGAUUUAUUUCUGCAAUAGUAUUGAUGUUUUUCAAAAUUGUAGUGGUUGUCUAAUGGAUUGGUAGUGAUUUCGUGUUUUUUCUUUUGCAGAAAGAUUAAGAAAAAUAUGGAAAGGAGAUCUAACUGGAGAUUACGGAAGUGAGAGAAAGAAAAAGAAUUGUAAUUAAUAGAUUUUUGUAACUAAAAAAAUGUAAUUUAUUAAAAUUAAUUAAUUAAU